ACAGAUACUUUUAACAUUUUGCAAGUGCUUGGAAUGUAAAUGGAUUUGAUGAGAUGGUACAAUAUACCAUUCAAGGGGACUGGAUUUGUCUUUCUGUUGUUUGGUAUUGCAAUUGAAAUUUGCCCAUGGCAUGUGCUGGAGGAAGUCAUGAGAUUGUUUUGGUAGGGUCAAUGUCACCCAUAACCAAGCAAAAGGUUUUGGAUAAUAUAGAGUUUAAAAACCUCUAUUAGUUUUAUUAGUCUGUCUUUGAUUUUUAAGUCGUUUUCCCUCCUCUCUUUGCUGUAUUUUUUUAAAAGCCCACCAACACUCCAUGUGCAUCAUCUUCCCUACCCUCAGUUAUUGCUGCUUUUUUGCAAGUAAAGAAUCCAUCUUUAUCUCUCUUUAUAUAUAGAGAGAGACGUGCAUUUCUAAUCAUGGAGGUUCUUCUGGCAUUGCAUGUGCAUCAAUGACCUCGCCCCACUUCGCAUUAUUUUACACUUCUCUGCCUCUUUCUCUAACCAAUCCUUAACCUCGAACUCUCCCUUUCUCUACUAUAUAUACUCUUUACAAUAUCUUUGAUUUUCUUGAGGUGACAAGAAGUCUUCAGGACUCAGGACCAGUUCUUGAACCUUGCAAUGAACAGUCCAAUAGGUAGCAGCAGGUCUUGGUCCAUUAGUGAGGACUCUUUAAGAAGGUAUGUGCACUUUGCAAGCGAAAGCUGUAUACAGGAUUUGCUAUCAGCUUCUGACUCCAACAGGUUUGGAAAUGGUGAUGAUGGAUGGAAGGUUAUGAAUCUAGACAAUGGGGUUGAGAUAUCAAAACGUAGGUCUGGUUCAUUCCACACCUUUCGAAGCAGGUGGCUGCUAAGAUCAGUCUCUCCACAACAAUUCAUCACUGUUGCUAAUGCCAUAGAUGCUGCAAGGCAAUGGGAUCCUGACCUGGUGGAAGCAAGAUAUAUAAAAGAUCUGGAAGAAAAUUUGAGCAUAAUUCGCCUAAGAUUCGGGGAGAACUCUAAACCUCUCUUUAGAAACAGAGAAUUCAUAGUAUAUGAGCGACGAGAAACAAUGGAAGAUGGAACCUUGGUGGUAGCCGUAGCUUCGCUGCCGAAGGAGAUAGCUGCUGGUUUGCACCCUAAGCAAAAUAAUGCCAUAAGAGGACUACUGCUUCAGUCAGGCUGGGUUGUGGAGAAGCUUGAAGAUGACUCUUGUAUGGUCACAUAUGUUGUUCAGUUAGAUCCUGCUGGAUGGCUGCCCAAAUGCUUUGUUAAUAGGUUCAACACAAAGCUGGUAAUGAUCAUUGAGAACCUGAGGAAAAUAGCACAAAAUUGUCCAACUGAUACGUGAAGUCUACUUUGUAAAAAAGAAAGAGAGUAAUAUUUUUAUAUAUAAUCAUAAUGAGAUAUCGUUACAAUUUCAUCUCUUCUCUCUCUGUAUCUCAGUGAGGAUUAGGGUUUGCUCAGUUGGUAAAAUCAUGAUCUUUAAUGGGUAAUAUAUUUAAUUUGGAUAUGAUAUCUAUAUUAAGAGAAAAAAGAAGAAAUUUGGACAUUUUCAUGAGAUGGGAAGCUGUGCAACACCAAGAUAGAGGAUCUGUUUUGGUGGGAUGUGGUCCUGUAAUUUCAACCAUCAUCAUCACAAUACAAGCUGGCGGUCACAAAAGAACAAAAGACAAGUGUGGUCAUCUAGGACCAUUUCUUUGCAUUCUUCCUAUUCUUUCAAUUUAAACUGUGGGAGAACUUUGAAGUCUAAGUCAUUUUCUUCUUUUUUUUCCCUUUUAUUUUAUUUAAUUUGUUGUUUUUAAGAAUGGGAUAAUGCAACUUUUUACUGGUUGGAAGGAUUUAUUUUAGGGAAAUUAUUAUUUAA